CUUGCGGAGCGAUGGGCCGGGGCGGCGAGUGGCGCUGGCGGCCGAGCGGGUCUUUAGCCGGGAAAGCUCCGCGGGUGAUGUCAGCAGCAGGGGCUGGGCGGCUGCUAAAUAGGCGGGCGCCGCGGCAGCCGCCUCACACGGGCCGGGCACCGCCAUGGUCACGCACCCGCUGAGCCACGAGCGCCCCGUCCGGCCGCGCAGCCGCCCCAGCAAACGGCGGCGGGCGGCGGGCGCGACCCCCGAGGAGCGGGCUCAGCCCCUCUGCCGCGGGCUCGGCCUCCGGACGCCGGUGAAGAAGAGCAAGUGCCCGAGCUGCCCCGGGGAGCGGCCGCUGCAGGUCGACGCCGCGGGGCUCUGGCUCCCCGGCAGCCCCGAGCCCGCCGACCGGCUAGAGCUGCAGGCCUUCCGCGACUACGGGGCCAGCUGGUACCGCUUCCGAAAGGGGCUGGAGAGCAAGUUCCACCCGCGCGAGCCUCUGGCCCAGCAGCCGCAGGUAGGACAGCGCGGGCGGGG